AUGAAUAAUAUAAUUUCACCUGUAAUCAAAAUGAAUUUUUAACUUUUUAACAAGAAAACAUAAAUCUUUAUUAUAUAAAUUAUAUUUGAGCAUAUGCAACAAUACAUUAAAGAAAUAUUUCAUUUGAGACUGGCAGAGUUAUUAGAUCAUUUAUACUUUCAUGAUGCAAAACCUUCCAUAAAUGUUAUGAUAGUGGUUAUAUUUUUGAUGCAAAAAUUAUAUCUCUUGUUUUGGCCUUAAAAUUCCCACAUAGAGCAUUCAGAUGAAGUAUAUUUAAAUAUCUGUGGGUCCCUUUUUUCCUGGAUUACAUUUUAAAAGCCAUUAGAAAUGAUCAACAUGGAAAUAAUAAAUAAUCUGAUGAGUAUUUUUUACACUUUUUUGCAUUUGGCCAUGUUUGUAGUUUUCAGCUUUUCACUCUACAAUUGGUAAAUUGUUUCAAAAAUAUUUACUUUCUAUAUAUCAUAUUAUCAGCUGAUUAUCAUAUAUCACACUGAAAUACAUCACUUAAAGCAAUAGUAUGAUAUACUAGUAAUUUUUUUGUUGGGUAUUCCACUUUACAUAAACUACUUGAUUAUAGUAUAUUGCUCUCGCAAUUACUUUAUUAUAUCAUAGCAGCAUAUGCUAAGAAGAUACUCUGUGUAUAAUUAUUUUAUAGUCGUUAUCGACUUUUUAUAUUUCAUUACACAUUCCCUCAGUUCUGAUUACUGGUCCAAAUAUUUAUUACUGUUAUUAAGUGUUGUAUAUUUUAUUGAUGCAAUUAUUAUGUAGCCAUAUUGCAUUAAAAUAAAUCUAAUCUACAUAGGUGCAACAGGAGUUUUGGUUGUAUCAGUAACAAUCAGGAUAAUACUUUGGGACGAAUCUCUAUAUGCUCAAUUUUAUGGAAUCACACUAUUAGUUCCUCUCUUUUCCCAUAUAUUCAUGCAAAUAUACUAGAUUCAAUCUGCUGAUGCAAAGCAGCAAAGACUUUCGAUCUCUCUAAUAUUAAAUUUGGGUGAGAUUAUUAAUCACAACAUUACGAAUUCUGUUUAAAAAGGAGUGGGAGAUUAUUUGAUAAAAUAGUAUAUAAAUGUAGAGGGAUUGAAUACUCAGAGCAUUCUUGAAUUGCUGGAGUAUUAUAUAAAGAAUUUGGAAAAAAGUGAUUAAUACGAAGAAAUUUAAUUAUAUAGAAUUCUUCUCAAACAUGAGAUAUAGGGAACCUACUUAUAGAGUCUUUUGGAGACCAAAAGGUACUAAAUCACAAACAAAAAUCACUCCUUAUUCUUUAAAACAAUAGGAUUCUUAAUUAGUAAGAAGUACGAUCAACAGAUUUAAGAUUUAUAUUCAGGAGAAAGCAAAAGCAGUUAACAAUAUCAUUAUUAAAUUAUUAAAAUUAAAGAAGCAGACAAUUUAUUUCAUAAUAGUCUAAAUAUAUUCUUGGAAUUACUGGAUUAGAAAAUAAUAAUAUGGAAUUAAUUAUAAAGAGGAUAUGAUAAAAUAGAACACAUUGCAAACCAUUUGGUAAAUAUGUAUAAGACUCUGAAUAAAUUAAAGAUCAAAAUAAUGUCAAUGAUUUAAUGUGUUGACUUUGAAUCAAUUCUCAAAGUCUAAACAUUAAAAAAAUUUAAUGUCGUAGAGUUACGCUUCUUAUCUCUAUACUUUUCUUUUGUUGCAAAUGAUUACCAGUAAACUAAAAUUGUUGAAUUAUAUAUCGAAGACCUGAUAAAACAAGAAAAUAAUUCAUCAAAUUCCUCUAUUUUGAACAUAAAUAUUAUGAACAAUGAUCUAAUCGUUAUUAGUUCUAGUAUCCUAGAAAAAACUGGACAAAUCGUCAGAGCGAAUAUUGAAGAGAUUAGCAGAUUCUUUGGAUAUGAAGAUAAAAAUAACAAGGAAGAUCUGCAACUUAUUAAUUUAUAUAUGCCCAAAUUUAUUAGUCAAGAACAUGAUAGAUAUGUUUUUAAAUUUAUUAAUAAAGGCAAUUCAACUCUAUACAACAAAGGAAAAUAAGUGUUUUGUAAAGAUUAUGAAGGUUUUAUAUUUCCAAUCAUAUUGAGUUUCUUGCAUAUAAAUGAAAAAUCUGAAGAUUUUAUUUUAACGACUGCUUUAAAAAAGGUGAAAUCUAAUUAUGAUUACAUCCUUUUUGAUUAAUACGGAAAAAUCUUAGGUGUUUCAAAAUAUGCUUACUCUAUUUUAAUGAAUACUCACACUAAUAAUAGUUCUACCUAAUCUAUUUGCUCCUCUAUUGACCCAUCUAUUUAUGAAUGCUAUAUAUAAUUUUGGAUUCCAAAUAUUGAUUCCUUAAUUCAGAAUUCUAAUUUUGAUCAUGACAACUAUUAAAUUAACAAAGUAAUUAUUGAGAUAUCAACUGUUACUAAUUUUAUGCAAUAUUUAUAUUACUUUAAGUACUAUCAAAGCAUUAAUCCUCAGUAAUAAAAAAAGAUUUCUUAUUUUGAAGAAUUCUUGCACUACAUUAAAUAAGAAUUGGGCAAUUAUUAAAAUAUUAAUUGUAAGGUUUAAUUUGAAGUUUAAUUUCAAUUUCAUUAAUUACCUACUGAUCAAAUCUAUUAUAUUUGUAGCAUAUCCAAAUAAUAUAAAGAUAUUUAAUCUAUACCCAGUCUUGAUAAAAAGUCAUCAACUUAAAAUUAAUUUUAAAUAAUCUAAUAAUAAGUUAAAGUCAUAACUCAUUAGACACAUCCCAAAUUUAUAACAGAAAUAGAAAAAAUUACUGAAAUUGCACCCUAAUCAAAGAGGACUGUUGAAAAUCAAUUUUUAAUACACGAUUCAAAUUAAGAUUAGAAAUAAGAAUUACUUUUUUCUAAUGGUGAAAGUCAGCAGGUUCUAAAUCAACUAAAUAGUAAUUCUUUAAAUGAAAAAUAAAAAAACAAAGCUAACAUUAUUGAAUUUGAUGAUUAAAAAAUCUCAUAAUCAAGCCGAUAUUCAAGAAAUUCCAACUUUUAGGUUCUAGAUUAAAUUAGAGAAUAUUAAAAAAAUAAAGAAUUUUGUCUUUCAAUCAAAAAGAUUUGGGUUGUGACUACUUUUCUAUACUUUAUUAUUUACCUGUUGAUGUUAGUAAUUCUAAUUAUUUUAUCCUAACUCAAUGAUUUGUUGCAAUAUGAUAUUUAAUUAGUGAGAAUUCCGGAUAAAUUCAAUCGUCUGUAUUGUUCCUUUGCGACAAUCGGAUAAAUGGAUUUAGAAAGAUCAUUAUUGGGUAAAGAUUAUGGUUAGUAUCUCAAUUAUAGAAUGAUAAAUCAUGGUAGCAGUAUUAGAGAUGAAAUGGAAGGCAUGAUGAUAAAUCUAAAAAACAGAUUCUCAAUUUUAGAAAAUGAAGAAAGAUUGUAAAAUCUUACUGUUAGAAUACUUAACUAAUUUAGUUAUAAGGAAUAUGAAGUAACAAUGAUAUAAUUUGAUAUGAUAGCUGAUACAUAUACUGAAUAAUUGUUUGAACAUAUUAAUCAGGCAUUAAAUUAUUCAGAAUCCAAUCAUCAUUUCCUUAUAGAUGAGUAUUAUAAACUUCAAUUUAUCAAAGCAAAUUUGAUUAACUAAAUAACCUCAUCGUAAAAUUUGAUAGAUUAAAUUAUUCUUGAGCUUCAAAUUUAGACAGAGAAUACAAACACUGUUCUCUAUAUCAUUUUGAGCGCUAAACUAUGUUUUGCAAUAGGUUGCAUUAUUUGCUUAACAUAAUUAUGGAAACAACCUUUCAAAAUGGUUUAAUUGUAAAUUCAGUUGUUAAGUCAUCUAUCGGAAUAAUAAAUUAAGACCAGCAUUAUUGCAGCUAAAUAAGCAAAGUAAAUAAUUAAUCAUCCUUAUAAAUGGAAAAGAACCAACUAUAUGAAUGAAUGUUAUAAUAAAACUAUUGUAAAGAGAGGUUAAGAUAUUUUAAACAGGAUAGAAAAUUUGGCUAAUAAAUAGGUUAAAUCAAAUUUACAACUAUUCGAUUAUUAGUUUAGUCAUAUAGGCAUCUAUCUCAAAAAUGGCUUGUAUCUUCUGCUUAUUUUAAGCUUUAUAUUAUCAAGUUUUUUUUAUAUGAAGUAUGGCAUAGAUUCAAGUCAAUCAGAGAUUAAAUUAACAAUCUAAUAUGUUUAAUUCAAAUAAGACUUAGAUUCUCUGAUGAUUUUAACUUAAUUAUUGAAAACAAAUUCAAUUUUAUCAGAAAGGGUACGUGAAUUAGGUUUUCUCAACUAAAAUCCAUAUCUUCUGGAUUUAGAGAAAUAUUUCCAUAUUUUGGAAUAAGAAUUUUUGGAAAAAUUUCAAUCAAAAUAUGAAAAGGCCUAAGAAAUUAAUGAAUAUAUCUAUUAGGACAUAGUAAACUCGAAAAAAAUAUCUGUAACAGAUAAAGAAAUAUUAGAAACGUUGUAUUAAAAUGAUUUGUGUUCUGUGAUGAAUGACUAACUUCCUUUCUGCAAUUAUACAAAUGAAUAAUUUUUAUAUUUCCCAGAUUACCCUAAACCUAGAGAAGAAGAUAAUAAUAGGGAGAUUUUUAGGAAUGGUAUUAAUGGAAUAUUUUCUAAAUUAAUAGCCAUUCUGAAAUCAUAUUACUAAUUAGAAUUGCAAGGCAAAAUAAAUACUAAUAAAACUGAAACUGCAUAUUAUUUAUCAACUUUAGAAUUUAAGCAAUAUAUUUAGGAAUACUUUUUCGACAUUAACAAGGCUGUAGUUAAAUUUUAUGUAACUAUUUUGGAAUCGACAACUAAAAUACUACAAAGUGAUUUUAAAAGCUCUUUGUAGUAUUUUUUAACCUUUGGAUUCUCUGUUUUAAUUUUGUAAGGAGCAUUGUAAGUUUAAAAUUUGUCUAAAAUAUAACAAUUGGUUUCUGCAAGUAAAUUUACGUUCAUCUUGAUGCCAUUAGAAUGUCUAAAUGAAACCUAAUGUCUGGCUAUUAUCAAACAAAUUGUAAAAUAACAAAAACGAUGA